AAAUAAUUUACCCCCCCCAUAUCCUCACUGUUUUUGUUUUGUAAAGGGCGAAGCAAUUUGAGGUGGAUUCUUUGAUCUUAAAUUUUUUUUUUGGAUCUGAUUGUGCUGAGGUGGGGGAGGUUGUUGUUGUUGUGAGUGAGGCUGGGCCCCCCCGGGGAGGCAGCGAUGAUGUUGUCGGCGAAGAAGAAUGAGGAGAGGCCGGCGGGCGGCCCCGAGGGCCUGGAGGCGCCGGCCGACGGAGGCCUGGCCUUGGCCGCCGCCGCCGCCGCCAGCGAGCGGACCCCCAAGAAGAAAGAGCGAGCGUCUCCCCACAGCAGCAGCAGCAACGAGGGCACCAUGGAGGGAGGCACGGCAGAAACCCCGGACGGUCGGAGAACCAGCAAACGCAAGCGAGCUAAAGUUGAGUACAGAGAAAUGGAUGAGAGCCUGGCAAACCUAUCAGAAGAUGAAUAUUAUUCAGAAGAGGAACGUAAUGCAAAGGCUGAAAAAGAAAAGAAGCAGGUGCCGCCACCACAGCCACCUCCACCUGAGGAGGAGAUUGAAAGUGACCCAGAAGAACCAUCUGUGCAUUGGAGCAACAUCAAUCUGGCAGGGUCGAUCGCAGGUGUUGAGGGUGCUGCUUUCCAGAGUCGUCUACCUCACGAUCGCAUGACCUCACAGGAAGCAGCCUGUUUCCCAGACAUUAUCAGUGGUCCUGCGCAGACCCAGAAGGUGUUUCUAUACAUCAGAAAUCGCACACUGCAGCUCUGGCUGGACAACCCUAAAGUGCAGUUGACCUUUGAGGUAACUCAUCAGCAACUGGAAUCUCCAUAUAACAGCGAUGCUGUACUAGUUCACAGGAUACACAGCUAUUUGGAGCGCCAUGGGUUAAUUAACUUUGGCAUCUACAAGCGGGUGAAACCACUUCCAACAAAGAAGACAGGGAAGGUGAUAAUCAUUGGUGCAGGGGUGUCGGGUCUGGCUGCCGCUCGACAAUUGCAGAGCUUCGGAAUGGAUGUCACAGUCCUGGAGGCAAGAGAUCGUGUUGGAGGGCGAGUAGCCACAUUUAGAAAAGGAAACUACGUUGCUGACUUGGGGGCCAUGGUUGUGACAGGACUUGGUGGAAACCCAAUGGCAGUGGUCAGCAAGCAAGUGAACAUGGAGCUGGCCAAAAUAAAACAAAAGUGUCCCCUAUAUGAGGCAAAUGGGCAGGCUGGAGAAAGAUGCACCAAUGUUCCCAAAGAAAAAGAUGAGAUGGUAGAGCAGGAAUUCAAUCGUUUGCUGGAGGCCACAUCUUACCUCAGUCAUCAGUUGGACUUCAACUAUCUGAACAACAAGCCUGUAUCAUUAGGACAGGCAUUAGAAGUUGUCAUACAGCUGCAAGAGAAACACGUGAAGGAUGAACAGAUUGAACACUGGAAGAAGAUAGUGAAAACACAAGAGGAUUUGAAAGAGUUGCUUAAUAAGAUGGUAUCGCUGAAAGAAAAAAUAAAAGAGCUACACCAGCAGUAUAAGGAAGCCUCCGAAGUGAAGCCCCCUCGUGACAUCACCGCAGAAUUUCUGGUGAAAAGUAAAUUGAGAGACCUAACUGCAUUAUGCAAGGAGUAUGAUGAGCUUGCAGAAGCUCAAGUGAAGCUUGAGGAGAAGCUCCAGGAAUUAGAAGCAAACCCACCCAGUGACGUUUACCUGUCAUCAAGGGACCGACAGAUCCUGGAUUGGCAUUUUGCCAACUUGGAAUUUGCUAAUGCGACACCUCUCUCCACACUUUCAUUGAAGCAUUGGGACCAGGACGAUGACUUUGAAUUCACAGGAAGUCACUUAACAGUACGGAAUGGUUAUUCUUGUGUUCCUGUGGCACUUGCAGAAGGUCUUGACAUUAAAUUGAAUACAGCUGUUCGACAAGUCCGCUAUACUGCCUCAGGAUGUGAAGUCAUUGCUCAGAAUACUCGUUCAAACAGCCAGACAUUCAUUUACAAGUGUGAUGCAGUUUUAUGCACUCUCCCGCUGGGUGUGUUGAAACAGCAGCCACCAGCCGUUCAGUUUGUACCUCCCCUUCCUGAGUGGAAAACUUCUGCCAUUCAGCGUAUGGGCUUUGGAAAUCUCAACAAGGUUGUAUUAUGUUUUGAUCGUGUAUUCUGGGACCCUAGUGUAAAUCUCUUUGGUCAUGUUGGAAGCACUACUGCCAGUAGGGGAGAAUUAUUCCUUUUUUGGAAUCUUUAUAAAGCCCCAAUCCUUUUGGCUCUCGUGGCUGGAGAGGCUGCUGGAAUCAUGGAAAACAUUAGUGAUGAUGUCAUUGUCGGUCGCUGUCUAGCCAUCCUAAAAGGAAUAUUUGGCAGCAGUGCAGUACCACAGCCUAAGGAAACUGUUGUCACUCGCUGGCGUGCCGACCCAUGGGCACGUGGUUCCUACUCCUAUGUGGCUGCUGGCUCAUCUGGUAAUGACUAUGAUCUAAUGGCACAACCAGUGACCCCAGGCCCCAGCAUCCCUGGAGCUCCUCAGCCAGUCCCUCGUCUCUUUUUUGCUGGAGAGCACACUAUCCGCAACUACCCUGCGACAGUUCAUGGCGCCUUAUUGAGUGGAUUAAGGGAAGCUGGUCGAAUUGCUGAUCAGUUUCUGGGUGCGAUGUACACUCUUCAACGACAAGCAACUCCUGGCAUCCCGACCCAACAACCCAGUAGCAUGUAAUUUAUAAAAGGGAAAGGUUCGUAUGAUGGAAAUCAUCCUUUUAGAUUUCAUCCAGGGGUUUUAAAAAAAAAAAGCUCCUGCAGCCCUACAGUAGACUCACUGUAGACCUGAUGCACUGGUUUCAAACCUCCUUUUCUUCCUCCCCAUUACUGCCAAGUUUUUGAGGCACCAUGACCAUGAGACUGAGCCAAGUGGAGCAACUUACUUUGGUUGGGGCGAGGGUACUUCUGACCAAAUUAUGUGACUGCCCAUUAUAAUGCCUUGGGUACUCUGUAGCAUUAACUCCUGUGUAAAUGCAUCAGACAUUUUGUUUGUGAGAGCAAGAGUGUGAAUGAUUGUAUUAUUGAUGAUGUUUUUCCCCAGCCAUACUAGUAUGUGCUUUAGGAUAUUUUGAGUGUGAAUUUGCAGAAAUAAAACUUUUUGAUGUAAUGGUCAAAAUUUUUCACAAAAUUGGCAUUUCUUUUAAUGCGUGGUUACUGUAAACACUAGGGCUAAUAAUGGAACAAGGUAGCUCAAUAUAGAAGUUUGUUCAAAUUGUAUUAUUUUUACAAUGCUUAAACUGCAAUAUCUAGGUUUGUGAGGAGAUUCUUUUGGACCAUUCUUACUUGCUAACUUACUAACUAACUUACUAACCCUAAACCUAACUCUCUAUAACAACCUUCCCUAACUAACUUGGUUACUUUGCACUCUAAAGUAUUGAAAAUGUCAAAUGAUCUUUGCAUGUAUCACAACUACCAAUCUUGUUUUCUUAAAUGCUACCUAGAGAUGUGGUAUAAACAAGAACAUGUGUUGCUUGGAAUGUAUUGAAAGUAUCCACUGCGUCUAACUGACAUUUAGUGUUUCAUUACCCAGUAUUCCUUUGGGCCCGUGUGCUAUGGAGUAGGGUUACUCAAACCUUUUGUUAAGGGCCACAAUCCCCACCAGUGUCCAACUUGAGGAGCACUGCAACAUGUGUAGAAGUGUGGUGGAACAUAGGAUCAUAUGUUUCCCUCAGGGAUACCACAAGGAAGGAGGAACAGAGAUCCAACUGGCUCUCUGGGCAAAAAGGUUUUGUUUCAAACACCUAUUGCUCUUCUAUUUAAUUUUUGCUCCUUAAAGUUAGGGACCCGGGGAUAUUUGUUUCCUUCCUUCCUUCAACCUUACUAACGAAUAGUUUCACACACUACUUAGUGAAACCCACUUCUAGUGAUCACCACUUGUGGUGAGACAAUGAUCUAAUAGAGUUUGUCAAACCCAUUUCUGUAAACUUGCAGGAUUUUCCAUUGGUUUUGACCAGGAAUGCUCAUUGAUGAAGAGAUGAAUAGUGCUGAUGUGACGCUUUACACAGCUCGUGAUCUUGGUGCUCUUGACAUUCACCCCCGUUUUGCAUUCCAACGAUUUUCUGUCCCAAGCCAGUGCUCUAUGCCAUGUGCUGUAUGCUUUGUUUUGUUUUUCAGAAUGCGAAUGACACCAGCAAACCCACAUUCUUUGCUCCUCAGAAAGUGAUGGAAGGUUUCCUAGCAAUCGUUUUUGCAACUGAGUUAAUUGCUAGGCCACUUCAGAGGACAGUUAGAACUAGCUACAUAGCAUGGAUUAGAAUCAUGUGUAAACCAAGCUGGGUAGGGCCAAAGGACAUUGGUGUAACAGUUAGAUUCCUACAACAAUCCAGCAAGUUCCAUAGUUAAAGUUACCAGAUUUAUUGCUUUAACACAGAGGUACUGCAGAUGCAGGAAAUCUGAAAUAUAAACAGAAGAUGCUUGGAAAUACUCGUCUUGUCAGGUGCUACCUGACCUGCUUAUUCCUGCAUUUUUCUCUUCAGAUUUACUGCUCAGGUGGGAUUUGAAUUUGAUUUCUGGGUUGCUAGUUUGGUAGAACACUUUCAACACUUAAAAUAGCUGAGCUCUUUAAUUGUUUACUAUUCAGGUGAGGGUUGAACAAAGUCUCCUACUGAGUGCCUUUGGGCUGGAAAUGAAUUAAUGAAUUGGGGAGACAGUGGCAUUGUGGUAAUGUCACUGAACUAGUAAUCCAGAAGCCCAGGCUAAUACUCUGGGGACAUGGGUUCAAAUCCCACCACAACAGCUGGUGAAAUUUAAAUUGAAAGCUAGUCUCGGUAAUGGUGACCAUGAAGCUAUCAUCGAUUUGUCAUAAAGACCUUCCUUUAGGGGAGGAAAUCCACCAUCCUUACCUCACAUGUGACUCUGGACCUACAGAAAUGUGAUUGACUCUUAACUGCUCUCGAGGGCAAUCACGGAUGGGCAAAAAAUGCUGUCCCUAUCAGUGAAGCCCACAUCCCUUGAGCGAAUAAAAAAGUGGAAGGAGCACCAACAUUGAGUGCUAAAAUCAUGAGCAGUGCACUGGGAGGAGAGAUUGAGCAGCUUUUUUAAAGCAGGAGCACUGCAGAUAUUUUUAAGGAUAAUUUGAGCAAGCGGCAAAUCAAUCACUAAGUUUGUUAUGCUGUAUCCUAUGGGUUUUUUAGAUAAAUUCCUCUAAUUUCCCUGCAUCCCCAAUCUCCCAAAAGCCUAAAGACUCUUUAUUGUGAAGGUUUUACUAUUGUGCAUCCAAAGGCUACACUUCAGAAGUACUUAAUUGGCCGUAAAGGGAUUCCUAAGGUUGUGAUAGGUGCUGUAUAAUUUCAAGUUCUUAUUUCCUGAAGUGGUGGUACAUUGUGUCACACUUGAUAACCUAGCUGAAGAUUAAUUCACCACAGUACCUCGAGCUUCAGUUUUAACCACUCUACCAAUGGUUUCCUUUAUAGUAUCUCUUUAGUGUGCCAAUAUUUUUUACUGUGAAUUAUUGACAUUUAAUGUUGUCAACCCUAGUGUCUACGGUCAAAGCAAAUUAUGUUAUGCUUUUUAUUGGUUGUACAAAGAAUGAUGUAGAUUGAUUGAUUUGAAUUACAAGGACAGUUUCUGAACUAAAGUACACUGAACUGACUUUCCAUUAGAAUUAACAGCUGGUCCACAGAUAUGCAUGAAAUGCCAAUUGGACUUUUCAUUUUAUACACAUUUUAAACAGUGGAAGAGCAGUGUAAUUUUUAUUGGCUUGUCAGAUUUAUAUUUUGGCAUGCAAAGAAAGGUGUGGGAAAAAAGGCACCUUUUGUUUGCUAAAUUCUAGAAGAUUUUGCACUUUUUGUCAUCGGUGUGCUAAGGCUACGCCUUGUGUAAGGCCACAAAUAUAUUUUAAAUAAAAAGUCGAAUGUA